AUGGAGACUUGCCGGGUACUGAGUCAUUGGCCGCCGAUUAAACGCCGGUUCGAGCAAACGUCGUCGUUUCGAGCAGCCACGUCGUGUUGUUUCCCUCCAAACGCGAAAAAGCUAGGGGAUCAUUCAAUGGAUGAUCGAAUGUUCAUUCUCGGAAUGGGUUUCGUGGGGCAGUUCUUCGCUGCAGAUUUGAAGAACAAAGGAUGUUUAGGUGUAUAUGGCGAUUGUGGUGGCGCGUGGGUGGAUGAAGAUUAUCAAGUGAAUCCAGCCAGCGAACUUGCUCGAGCAAGAUUAACUGCUGAGGAAGAAUGGUUGCGUUUGGGCCGUAAUCUUGGUAUAGCAGCACAAGUAUUUCGACUCGGUGGUAUAUAUGGCCCCGGUAGAAGUGCUGUGGAUACCAUCCUCAAGCAGUUGCCACUCUCGAGUGGACAGAAAAUGAGACAUUCAAAACGUUUCACGUCUCGUGUUCAUGUCGCUGAUAUAUGCCAAGCACUUCAUGCAAGUAUUUUGAAGCCUGCUGCUGGGAAAAUAUACAAUAUCGUGGAUGAUGAUCCUGCACCACGGGAGGAAGUAUUUGAGCUUGCGCAUAAGUUGGUUGACGAAAAGUUUCCGGGUCGCAUAAACCUUCAUAUAUCUCUCGAAAGAGAAAAGUCACUUGUUAUGGAUAAUAAGAUAUCUGGUAAAGGAGAGAAGAGAGUUUCAAAUGCUCGAAUGAAAAACGAACUGGGAAUGAAGCUGAUUCAUCCUACCUACACGUCUGGAUUGCAGAGCAUUAUUAAGCAGAUUGACUGA